AGUCCUGUGUUCACGCUGCUCUCGCCUCCUUCACUCCCACCACAGAACCAGCCGCCAUGCUGCCAAGGAGGAGGGAGAGUCUCCACUCUGUGGUCCUUCAGCCCCGUAUUGCUGCCUUCAGGUGCUCCUUGUAAGCUUUUCAUGUGAAGGCAGCACCAGUCUCUGGAGGCAGCGGACACGCCCCUGUCUACUGAGCAGCGCAGACCCGCCCCUUCACACAUCUCGUCACCUAUUGGCCAGUCUCUCUGUUGCUCAGCUUCUCCCGGCUCCUGAUUGGCUGCAGCCGGACCGUCGGCACCAAAGCAUCUGCGGCUCGCACUGUGCCAGCUGUCCUCGCGCACUCGGCUAGUGCUGGGCAACGGUGAGAAGCUCCUGCUGAGGAGGAUCAGUGAACCUGGAAGAAAAAGGGACUUGGGCUGCCAACAUGGGGUCGAUGCGUAUCCUCAUCAAGGGAGGGAAGGUGGUCAAUGAUGACUUCACCCAGGAAGCAGAUGUCUACAUUGAGAACGGCAUCAUUCAGCAGGUUGGAAAGGAGCUGAUGAUACCUGGUGGGGCGAAGGUGAUUGAUGCUUCUGGAAAGCUGGUGUUGCCGGGCGGAAUUGACACCAGCGUCCAUCUGCAGCAGACUUUCAUGAACGCCAGCAUUCAGGAUGACUUCUACAGUGGGACCAAGGCGGCUCUGAUGGGUGGUACCACCAUGGUGAUGGCUCUGGCCCUGCCUGAACAACACUGCUCCCUGGUGGACGCCUACGAGAGUUGCCGAGCUCUGGCCGACGCCAAGGCGUGCUGCGACUACGCUCUGCAUGUUGGAGUGACCUGGUGGGGACCAAAGGUGCGGAGCGAGAUGGAGACCCUGGUGAGGGAGCAUGGCGUGAACUCCUUCCAGAUGUACAUGGCCUACAAAGACAUGAUGAUGCUGAGGGACUCGGAGCUCUACCAGACGCUGCAGACCUGUAAGGACAUCGGGGCCAUCGCCCGCGUCCACGCUGAGAACGGAGAGCUGGUGGCAGAGGGUGCCAAAGAGGCUCUGGAUCUGGGCAUCAGUGGACCGGAGGGUAUUGAGAUCAGUCGACCAGAGGAGCUGGAGUCGGAGGCUACUCACAGAGCUGUCACCAUCGCUAACAGGGCUCACUGCCCCAUCUACCUGGUGAAUGUGUCCAGUAUGGCUGCUGGAGACAUGAUUGCUGCUGCUAAGAUGCAAGGUAAAGUGGUCCAUGCAGAGACCACAGUAGCUCACGCUGUGCUGAACGGGAUGCAGUAUUACCACCAGGACUGGGCUCAUGCUGCCGCCCACGUCAUCGUCCCUCCUCUCCGCCUCGACCCCAACACACCCAGCUACCUCAUGGGCCUGCUGGGCAAUGACUCUCUGAGUGUCGUGGCGUCAGAGCAUCGUCCAUUCAGCAUCAAGCAGAGAGCUCUUGGCAAGGACGACUUCACAAAGAUCCCUCAUGGACUGCCUGGAGUCCAGGACAGGAUGAGUGUUAUUUGGGAGAGAGGAGUGGUUACAGGAAAAAUGGAUGAAAAUCGUUUUGUAGCGGUGACAAGCUCUAACGCUGCAAAGAUCUACAACCUGUAUCCACGCAAGGGCCGUAUCAUCCCCGGGGCUGAUGCUGAUCUGGUGGUCUGGGACCCUGAUGCAACAAGGACGGUCUCUGUGACCACUCAGGUGCAGGGCGGAGACUUCAACCUGUACGAGGGGAUGCGCUGCCACGGCGUUCCCCUGGUUACCAUCAGCCGAGGUCGCCUGGUGUGUGAGAACGGUGUGUUCAUGUGUGCCGAGGGAUCUGGAAAGUUCUACCCCCAGCGCACCUUCCCUGACUACCUCUACAAGAAGAUGGUGCAGAGAGAGAAGACUCAGGGGUAUAAAGGCGUUGACAGGGAUCCCUACUCCGGUGACGUGGCCAAGGUGGCAAAUGCCAUGAAGAAGGAUCUCGGUUUGGGCCCCAUAGACGGAGACGCAGCUAACAAAGCCUGUCCACGCGCGCACCAGGGAGUCCGAGACCUCCAUGAGUCCUCCUUUAGCCUCUCAGGGUCUCAGGUCGAUGACCACAUCCCGAAGAGGUCAUCGGCCCGGAUCCUGGCCCCACCCGGCGGCCGCUCCAGUGGUAUCUGGUAAUUGCUGCUGCCGGAGCUUCACCCGUCCGAGUCUCCUUGUUUUGUAAAAUUCUGCGCAACCAGGAAAACUGCACUGAUUUUUAAUCACAGGAAAAAAGUAAAGAGUGGAAAAUAAAUUGAAGCAUGCGUCUGUGAUUGGUGAAGACCUAACCGACGAUCUGCCAAAGUGACUUUUACAAAUCUAAUUUGUGUCUUAAUUGGAGCGACUGACAUGAUUAAUUACGUGAGAGUGAAGGGCUAUCUAUGAAUUUAAAAUGUUUUGCCAAAAUUCAAGCCGAUACUAACAUUGACAAAGUCAAAGCUCAUCAUCAUCCUGAAGAAACCCAAUCUAAACAAACUGUGAAAGAUCAAAACCAGUACAGUUUUUGAUGGUUUGAACUGAAGUGAUGUCGACUGAAUUAUUUAAAAAAUAGUAGAACUGGAUUCAGUGAAAUAUCUAUUCCACCCCCGUCACACACACACACACACAUACAGUUCACUGUAGACACCAUAGCUUUAGACUCAUAUGAAGAUGUGUGUGGAUUCUGUUUGUGAUUAAACACCCGCUGUGCUCGGCUUCCUGCCGCACCGUGGCUUCCUCAUACAGUGCUUUUGUUUCCAAUGGGUGAACCGUGCUGUGUGGUGAUGAAAUCCAACUGCUUUAAACACUGUGUGAUUUUAACAGCUUCACUCUCGAAAGAGUCAGACCCAAUCCAUCCUUAAGUUUUCACUGCCUCUGACUGAAACAACACUCACAUAUCCCAGAACCAUCCUGCCUCACCUGCAGUAACGCAGGCUCUUUAGACUGAGCUACAUAAGUAUACAACCUGUGGGCUGACCGGGCGUUAUAACUGCUCCCAGAACAGCUGGUUAACAUGGAAAUGUGUUUUCUAUAAACCUUACAAAGUGCUAAAGACUGAAGAGAAAUCUUAAGGGAAGGUUGAAGAGUAAGUGAUUUAAAGAUCGCAGUGGGGAUAAGAAGAAGGGAAAGCUUUCUGUUACUUUGCUGCUGCUGAUAAUACAGAAAAUAAGAAUAAUGUGUGGCGUAAUUUACCUCAAUAGAGGUGAAGGCAGUUCCUUUCCAUUCACCAGAGAGAUCACUCUCUGAAUGAAAACAGGAGCUGUGGAAAACACCAGGGGCCUCAUUUACCAAAAUGUGCAUAAAGUAAGCAUAAAUCUGGUGCUCAAUAAACCACCCGUAGCCAAAAGAGUGAUUUAAUUCAAUUAAAAUGAGCUUGAUCCGGCUCAUUUACAUAAAGACAAAGAGAUAUAGCCUCAGUAACAGUCCUCCGCCGUCUUUUCCACUCCUUGUUUUGCUUUAACAGCCCACAGCUUUACUGAUUCGAUUCAUUCUCGCUGCUCUGUUUCCAGCAAUAAAGCUCUAAUAAGCACAUCGCACACUGCCCCUUACAGCACUACAAGACAGACAGAGAGGGUUAGCAGCUAGACAGAGAAGAAAAUAGAGCAUUUAGCAGCUGAAGAUAUGAGAGCUUUCCCUCAGGAGCUGGUGGAGACCAAAACAGAGUUGGAAGGAGACAUUAAGUCGCCAUUAAUGCAGCUUUUAUGACUUAUGACUUUAUGACCUUUUAUUGUGGAAAAAUUAAAUAAAAGGACAAACAGCAGAGACAGGUUAAGAUGCUGCAAAAUAGGUUUUAAUUGGCAAUUUCACAAGUGGCUCGUCCAUAAAAGACUGGUUUUAGAGCUAUGGCAUUAUUAGAUUUCAAAUAAAGUCACCUGGAAUGCUUGAAUAAUCCUUAGUAUACAUUGAUGAAUAGCAGACUGUGUUUCUACAACUAGGUGCUUGUUAGACACAUGAACAUUAGUACUUUUAAAUGUUUGUUUGUACACCAUCAAGCACAAGAAAAGUCGAAUAAACCUGACUAUUUGCGUUAGAAAUGAGUGUUUGCAGUUUACUUACAAAUAUGUACAUACGCACAGAUGAUAAAUGAGGUCCCAGAAUGCGCAUAGAGGACCCCGAAAGUAACAGAAAGAACUUACAUUAUGUUGUCGAGUGUCAGUAGCAUCUUGUGAACCGUAUUGUGGAAGCAAACUUCCUGUUUGUAGAAACAUAAAAGGGUUUUUAUCGUUAUUAGAGCAGUACGUCUCCACAGAGCAGGAAGAUUGAGCUGCACAGUGAAGAAAACCGCUGACCCCCUCACCUCCUGAUGAUGUCUCAUUCCUGCCUAUCAGUAUUAUAUUUAUACAUGAUCACGUUUUCUCGUCUGUGAACUAUAUAUUUAGGAUGUUUGUUUGUUUAUUUUUAAGUUGAAAGGAUAAAUGUGCCAAUGUGAAACACCCGUGCGACACCCACACCCAUGCAUGAAUAGCACCACACGGAGACGGAGGAGUGAAAAUCUCUCCACAGGCUCACAACAACUGGUGCUGUUUUUUUACUAUUACCUACGACGACGACAACGUUAUUUUAUUGUUGGAUGGUUUUGUUGUUUUGAAGGCACUGUGACUGGUCGGUGGCUGUGUGUGUUUGUAGAUUCUUGUUGUGUUGGACAGUGAACCUGUUGAAUCUGUAAGUGGCUGCUUGUUUCUUACCACACGAAUAACAGCAAAAGAAUAAAGUGAGAAAAAUAACAUCUCGAUUCCGC